GGAAGUGCAGCGCAAAUAGCGAAUGCUGAAAGUGAUUAGGAGAGUUUGCACAACAGUGAACCAACAACAGACGUCUGAGACUUGAGUGCCUUAGAGACACACACCUAUUGAGCUGCAGGAACGACUUCUGCUUUCUGAAUUUCAUCGAGGCAAUCGGUUGAGAAUUCAGAAAUGACGGACGCUCUUAUUCCCAAUGAUUGCAAGAGCAACGGACCGGUGGAGAAUGGCUACUUUAAAAAGGGAUGUAAUCCAUUUGCUCAGACAGGCCGCAGUAAGCUGCAGAAUAAAAGAGCACGUCUCAACCAGCAAAUCAUCAAGCAGAUGAGGAUGAGAGCUGGAGCAGAGAACCUUCUCAGGGCGACGUCCAAUAAUAAGGUUCGGGAGCAGGUGGUGCUGGAGUUGAGUUAUGUCAACUCAGAUCUGCAGCUUCUUAUGGAGCAGCUGGAAGGUCUCAACAGCUCUGUGGACGUUUAUCAGAACGUACAAGAGACAUCCAGCAUUCCACUCAUCCCUCUGGGACUGAAGGAGACAAAGGAUGUGGAUUUCUCAGUUGCUCUCAAGGACUUCAUCCUGGAACACUACAGUGAAGAUGGCUCAAACUUUCAGGUUGAGAUUGAUGACCUGAUGGACCUGAGACAGGCCUGUCGGACCCCCAGUCGUAAUCCUUCUGGUGUAGAUUUGCUUGCCAGCUACUUCAGUCAACUUUCCUUCUUAGAACCUCGAUUCUUCUCCCCUACACGCCAGAUUGGCAUUUUCUUCACUUGGUAUGACUCUUUUACUGGUGUGCCUGUGUGCCAGCAGAACAUCUCACUGGAGAAAGCCAGCAUACUCUUCAACAUGGCAGCUCUAUGCUCCCAGAUUGGAACCCGCGCCGAAAGACAGACACAAGCUGGACUCGAGGACGCCAUUGCUGCCUUCCAGAAAUCCGCAGGUGUGCUGCACUACCUAAAGGAGACAUUUACACACACUCCCAGUUAUGAUAUGAGCCCUGCUAUGCUGAGCAUGUUGAUCCAGCUGAUGGUAGCACAGGCGCAGGAGUGUAUGUUUGAGCAAAUUACUCUUCCAGGAAUCCGAAAUGAGUUCUUCAGCCUGCUCAAAAUAGCGCAAGAGGCUGCCAAGGUGGGGGAAACCUACAGUGAAGUUCACCAGUCCAUGAUCCAGACCCCCAUUAAGAACAACGUGCCCUUUUUCUGGACCACCAUGUCCGAGCUGAAGACCAAUCACUACAACUCUCUUGCCCAUUACUUUGUCUCCACCGCUCUGCUGGACCACCAUUUGACACCCAGGGAUGACGAGGACAAGCAAGAGAAGGCUCUGUCACAACUAUAUGAUACCAUGCCAGAGGGACGUUCUCCUCUUGACAUUCUAAAGGAUAAGGAGGAGAGACGGCGGAUAGGUAAAGCUCAUCUGCAGCGCUCCAUCAUGGGACACGAAGAGGCCAUCCGCACACAUUCUCGCUGUCGACACCUGCAAAAACUGGACAUCCUGAGUGACAUCCUACAAGCUGGCCUCAAGCGCGCUCUUACCAAGUUUGAACAAAACGACAAGGAAGAUGAGUUCACAGACUACAUGCUUGCGCCAGAUAUCAUCUCUAAAACAGAAAAGAAAGCUGAGAUGGAGAUUCCAGCUGCCACCAAGGUGAAAGUCAAAGACCUAUUCCAGCGGCUGGGGCCUUUGUCAGUGUUCUCAGCAAAGCAGAGAUGGUCAGCCCCGCAGACCAUCAGGCUGAGACUGCAGGACAGAGACCUCGGAUUCACUCUGAAGGGAGAUGCACCCGUUCAGAUACAGUCACUGGAUCCCCUUUGUCCCGCAGCGGCUGAGGGGCUGAAAGAAGGAGAUUACCUUGUUGCUGUGGGCGACACGGAGUGUAAAUGGCUGGGAGUGAGUGAUGUUAUGAAGCUUUUAAAGGAUGUGGAUGAGGAAGGCGUCAACAUCAGAGUGGUCAGCAUAUUGGAUAGCAGCAGCCAACCAAUGCCCACCAAGAGUGCUACAUACGGCGGUCUGCCGAAGACCUACUCUAUGAUCUGCUUGGCACAUGAUGAGGAUGAUAAGAACCCGAAGUCUCGCAAGGUAGCAAAAAAACCGUCAUUCCUCAGCUGGGGUCUCAAGAACAAGCAGAAGAGCAGCAGCACGCUGAGUCUCCCCAAUGCAGAUUACAAUGGACCCUGGAACAGACCCUGCCCUACCUAUCCUAACUCCUAUAACGAAAGUGCCCUCUACUAAACACACAAAACUGGAUUUCUACGUACGCUGAUGGUGUAACAACACUAUAUUACAAGAAACGAGAGAGGGCUUUUUAGAAAGAUUGAAAUUACAGAUGAAAAUGUACAUUUUGCACAGAUCUACAGUAUAAACACAGGUGUAAGCUAUACUUUUAUUCUUUCGUUAGUUUGGUUGUCUAGAAAAUCUCACCAAUAAAUUAAAGGUGGAAAUUAUGUGUUUUAACAAAUCAGUAGAUAAACACACAAUGUGUAUGCUGCUCAGUAUUUUUUUAUUAUUAUUAUUGUUUGUUUGUUUUAUUGUUUUUGUAUUGAACGGUUAAAUGGUGCGAUGAAGGAUUUUUUCUUUUCUUUUUUGGAAAAUUCCACUAAUUAGUGGCACAGACCGGCAUCUUCCUCAAAUAAAAAUGAGGGUUGGUAGAUGGGCAGGUAACCUGUGGCCUUUUUUGAGCCUGUAGCUGACUUGCAGACUACUACAGCAGGUUUCCGUGAUGAUCUGAUAUCAUCGAAAUGGAAAUCUAACUCUGUCAAUCACUGUAGAAGAACAAAAUGUUGGAGAGGGCAGUGAGUAGCUUUUGUCAGAGAAUGUCUAUACAAACAGGAAUAUUAUUUUGUGUAACUCAAGUAUUCACAUACACUGAAGGGAAAUACCAUGAUAGAUAGGGCUGUGUAUAACUUAAAGGUACUGCCAAAUUCAAGCAAGAAGGAUAAAAAAUAUAGCAGUGAAUACAAAUGCCAUUCUUAUUUAACCUUUGUUCCAUGUGUUUUACCUAGCACUUCUUCAGUGUUGGAAUAUUUCACUGUCUACAAAGUAGAUUUUUAUACACAUUUGAUAAUCAAAUAAAUUAUAUGCUAAAUAAAGAGAAAAAAAUAUCUAUAUAAACUUAUGUAUUAAUUUUAAGUAUUAGACGUGUUUAGGUUUUGUAUUGUGAAACUGUAGCCUGAUGUAUAUAAUCAUGGGUUGUUGUUUUUUUGGCUACAUAUCUAUCUUUCUGUUACUUGGUGUAUGCUCUUCUCUUUAUAUUGUAUAGCUCAAAAAGUACAGAUGGCAGCGUGUUUUUUUUCUUAUAUCUUUGACAAUAUUUAACUUUUCAUUUUCUUGUAGAAAACACUGCCUCUCAGAAUCCUAGAAAUCAGAAGCCUUUAAAAAUGCCUUACCACAGUCUACACUGACACAGUCUUAUUUUACUGUGGAUCUCCGCUCCUUGCUUGUAAAUACUUUGUUAUUGUCAAUGAAUGUGUCUUUACCAUUUAUGUUUCUGCAAGUGCCACAUUUGGAAUUAUAAUGACAAACACUCUUCUGAGAGAAUGUUGACAUUGUAAGGUUACAUAUUAAUGAUUCUGUGAAAAACAGUCCUUUUCUUUAGGGUCGGGACAGAAUCUGCAACAGUGCUCUAAAUUCUAACUUGGUUACAAACAUAAUAAUAAAGCAGAUUUCUAGAUUA